AUGUAUGCGUAUUUUCGAGAAACUGACGAUUCAACGACAGUGAACUUCAGUGCAUAUGGAAAAUUCCUCAAAGGUUCGUUUUAUCUUCCGUUCUUAAUUUCAUCUUUUCAGUAACGUUUUUUUUUUACUGUACGACUAUUUAUCAUUUGUUGUUUUCUUAUUAUUCAGAAAUAUUGUUUAAGGGGCUGGAAAUCAACUUGUUACAAUCGGAGCUAAGUAUGUGCGCUUAUUCCGUACCAACCCGUACAUGCUGGUUGAACCAGAUGCCGACGAAGAUCAGUGGCGUCAGAAAACAAAACUGGAGUGCAUGUUCAGCAGCCGACUUUUGUCCAAAGUUCAGUCUUUCGCUGUUGCUCGAGUUCCUCGUGAGUUCUCGCUGAGCUUGCUAAAACUCACGAUUUUUUGAAGAGUGUGCUGACCAAGACGUCAUGUUGAUGGCCUUUGACCAUGCGAAGCUUUCGAUUGUUUCGGUGAGCAGCAAGGAAAGAAACCUUCAAACUAUUUCUCUGCACGCUUUCGAAAGCGAGUACCUUCGCGAAGGGUUUACCCAUUUCUUCCCAGAUCCGAUUGUGCGGGUCAGUUAGUUUUUUUUAAAAAACCUCUCUGCUCUCUAUCUCUCUCUCUCUCUUGGAAAAAAUGUUUUGAGCUCAUUUUCAGGUGGAUCCUUCUAACCGAUGCGCGGCAAUGCUUGUUUAUGGACGGCAUAUCGCAAUUUUGCCGUUUCACGAGAACGCAAAACGGAUUUCUAGUUAUAUCAUUCCGCUCAAACAAAUAGAUGCCAGGUUCCUUUCAACUUUUUUUUCUUUUUCAUUUUUUUUUUUCAAAUUUUUCAAGGCUGGAAAAUGUGAUAGAUAUGGUUUUUCUCGACGGAUACUACGAGCCAACACUUCUGUUUCUGUACGAGCCUUUGCAAACAACCGCUGGAAGGUUCUUUUUUCUUGGAGGAUUUUGGUUUUGAUACGCAUAGUCGGAAAGAGCGCUCUGAGGUUUCCUGAGAGUGUGAUUAAAAGAUGGAAAAGUAGUUCCUGGGCUUUUUUGCGCCAUGUCAUCUGCUCAUUUUCAAAUUUUUACACCUUUUUUAAGCCUCAAUAACCCUGGCUGCUUUUUUUUGAGGUUCGAGGUAGUUUUUUAAACGUAUUUGUGGGAAAAAUUUCUUAAAUUUUCAAGAAACUUUCAUAAAGAAGAGUUCUGAUAAAAACAUUUUUUUUUCGGUUGAGAAUCUGUCUUACAAGUUAUUUUAGGGCUUCGAUUCGGUUUGACACAAUGUGCAUGAUGGGAGUGUCCGUGAACAUCAACGACCGACAAUUCGCCGUCGUUUGGCAAACCGCCAAUCUUCCUAUGGAUUGUCAAACGUUUUCCAGACCGAUUUAUCGUUUUGAAGGCGUUUUCCAGGCUGCUCGCUGUCCCGAAGCCUCUCGGCGGCGCUGUUCUUUUCGGUUCCAACGAGUUCAUUUAUUUGAAUCAGGCCGUUCCUCCCUGCGGAAUCUCCCUCAACAGUUGCUACGACAACUUCACCAAGUUUCCUCUCAAGGCAAUUAUAUUUGUCAUUUUUGUUUUCUAGAAAAAUAUCAUUUAUAUACCUUAAUGCAAAUGUAGUUUUCAAGAACUUGGAUUAUUGAAAUUUCUCUCGAAAAGCUGUUUUUACCGAAUUAACUUUGAGGUGUUCGAGAAAAAACGAUUGAAAAGUUUCUUAUUUUCAAAAUGGAACAAGUUAUCUGGAAGCGUGAAAACCAUGCCCAUUAGGGUAUUUUUUCAACCUUCAAUAAUUAUCAGAUGGUUUGAUUCAGUUCACAAAAUUUUUUUCAAUAAGAGUGCACUUUUUUUUUCUUUCUUGCUUUUUUUUAAUUUUUAAAAGUAUUUUUUUUCUACCCUUCUGAGCGUCUGAAACUAGGAUACAAAGAGUUAGCCGUCCUCAGAUGAGCCUUGACAAAAAAUAAGGCCAAUUUCACGUUUUUCGCUGCAGGACAUGAAGGAUAUGGCGAUGACGUUGGACUGUGCCUGCAUGACGUGGAUGGAGGAUGGCAGAAUCGCCAUCGGAACCAGAGACGGCCAACUUUUGCUUCUGCGGCUCAUCUCCACGGGCGGAACCACCGUCAAGUCUCUCGAGCUCACCAAGGUUUUUGGUAAGCAUUUCAUUUUCUCUUUCAAACGGAGUUCAGAAGCUCAAGUUGAAUGUCAUAAUGCAAUUUGCUCUCAGAUUGUUCUAUUCCUUACACUCUUUGCGUUUGUGCGCCUGGCCAUUUGUUCGUUGGAUCGAGGCUUGGAGAUUCUCAACUGCUCGAGUACACCCUGGUGAAAAAGGCGAAAGGUCAGAUCAUAGCUAAAUCAUCAUUGUUGGAAAUUUUAUAUACUAAUUUUUCCAAGUUAAAAAUUCUAAACCUCAGAUGAGCUGGACGCAAAAAAACCGAAGCUCGACCGGAACGAAGACGAAAUCGCGAUAGACGAAGAUGAUUUUGAACUCUAUGGAAGUACCAUCGAAGAUCAACAAGUUUCUCUUCAUUUCUUUCUUUUUUUUUACUUCUUCUCUACAGAAUGACGAAGACGAAGCGAUUGUCGAAACUUUGGCUUUCAAGGAAUUAGAUCGCUUGAAAAAUAUUGGUUAUAAAACUUUUCGGAAAACCAAUAAAAAGGACGAUUGUUUGAAGGUCCCGUGAAGUCUAUGUGCUUCGGUCAGAGCCACGAUUUGAGUCCCGUUCUCAACCAGAAAAGUCGCCUCGAUCCCAUUUUCGACAUCGUAUGAUCCAAAUCGCAACAUUUCGAGAAAUGUGUUCAGAUAACUGCAAGUGGCCACGGAAAAGACGGUUCUCUGUGUCUUUUGCAACGGUCGGUUCGGCCAGAAAUCAUCACCAGCAGCUAGUUUUCGAUCUUCGACUCGCUAUGUCUAAUCUUUCUUAUUUCAGCUUAGAAAAUGCUCAGCAAAUGUGGGCCGUCGGCAGGAAAGAAGACGAAUCUCACAAGUGAGAACUUGGGUGUUUUUGGAAGGAGAUUGGAUUAUGACAGGUAUUUGAUCGUGACGCGGCUGAGGUCGACGUUGGUCCUCGAGUUGGGCGAAGAGAUGGUGGAGCUCGAGGAACCUCUCUUCGUUUCCGGGGAACCGACGGUCGCCGCCGGAGAACUCCUUCAGGGAAGUCUCGCCGUUCAGGUCGGUAAUUCAUGCAUUAUUAGAAAUUACUAAACAUCAAAGUUUCAUAAGAGAGAAUAAGCAUGCCUGACAAAUUUUUCAAAUUUCUACCGUUUUUACUGUCUUUGAGAAUAUGCUUUUUGGUUCAAUAAUCACGAAUUUUGGUUUAUUUAUUUUUUCAAUUUCUUUUUCUUUCGAAAAUAUUUUUUCAGGUGACAUCAAUGUGUAUCGCAUUAGUUGCUGACGGUCAACAACUACAAGAAGUUUUUUAGAUAAAUAUUUCCGAGAACUCAAUAUAAUGCUCAGGUUCACAUUGACUCCAAUUUCCCAGUCACGAUGGCUUCAAUCGUCGAUCCCUACGUUGCUGUUCUGACGCAGAACGGCCAGUUGCUCCUGUACCAGCUGGUUACAGCUCCUUAUGUUCAUUUAAAGGUAUUAAAGGAAAAAAGAGUCGGGGAAAAAGUUAUCUUCAUUUACAGGAAGUCGACCUGUCUUCGACUCCAUUUUCGAGUGCUCGCAACACGACGCUCACCUCCAUCUCGAUCUACAGCGACGCGACAGGUCUGAUGAUGUGCUCCACCUCGAAAUCUGUCGCUGAGGCUGAAGAGGAGCCAGAGAAUAAAGUAAAAAGUCUCAAAAAAGGAUGUUUGCACUUCUGAAAGCUUUCAGGAAGCAGACACGACGCUGUAUGGCGACGACGACGACUUUCUGCUCUAUGGAGAGCCGACGACGAGUUCGAAGACGUCGACCAACCAGAAGGACACCUCCCGGAAACGCAAGCGCCUCGGCCACAACGUCGUCUACUCGAGCAGGGGUGGCGAACAAUCCGACGCCAUCGACCCUACAAAAAGCUUCGGUCCGACAUUCACCUCGACCAUGAUCUCAUCAGAAUCCAUUUGCAGCAAACGUGACAUUUUGGUUGGUGCUUGUGCACGAAAAUGGACGUCUCGUCAUUCACUCACUUCCCGACAUGACCGUUGUUUAUCAGGUUGAUUCUCCGUUUGAUAUUUCAAUAUAUGACGAGGGAUUUCAGAUUAGGAAGUUCUUCAGUGUGCCAGAAGUGCUGAACGAUACGAGUGUCGAGGAGGAAGAGAGGGACCGGAGAGCAAAAGGUUCUUUUUAGACUACGAAAGAUUUGCCCUAGGAAGAAGCAGAAGUUGGAUUGUACCGAGAUUCAAGAAUUCUAAGGACCUUCAUUUGUCCAAUAGGGCUUCAAAAAAGAGGAAUUUCAUUACACUUUUGAGAACUGCAAAAAAAUAUUUUUGAAAAAAACACUUUUCUCGCUUUUCCAAAGGUUAUAUAUAAAUUGCACAAAUAAUUUUUUUGUUUGGGUCGGUUUUUGACUUCUGAAAGGAGCAAAAGUUUCUUCGAGAUUUAGCUCUCAGAGAUUUCUCAUUCUCUCUUGUAUAUUCUUACCUCUGAAAGAAAGAUUUUUUUCAAUUUAGUAAUCGCAGAAACUUUGCAGGUCAUCUGAAAUGUUCACAUGAAAAGAAAGGCUGAAAUAGAGGCUUUAUGGAAACUUUGCAACAUAUUCAUUUUCCUACUCAUUAACGAAAUUAUAGUUUAUUAAAAUUUUGUUGGUUGCAGCCGCACUCGCCGCGACGGCCCAUGCCGAACAGAUGACAGCGGAAAUAUCGCGACCCGAGGAACGCGUCACGGAGGCGCAGAUUGUCGGUGAGGACUCCAGGAUCCGCGCUCACUUCGGUCUUUCUUCUUUAAGGCAUGGGAAUCAAUCAAGGACACGCGAUUCUGAUGGCGAUCGUCGACGAGCAGGUCGUCAUGUACGAGAUGUUUGUCGUCGACAACCCCAUUCCUGGUUCGUUGGCCCGCUCCUCCGACCCUCCAACUCUUCUCAGAGCAUCUCUGCGUGUCGUUCCGCCGGCUCCACAGCACCGUCUUUUUGCGUUCUUCUCCUUACAUCGGGACCGAUGGUCGGCGGGCGACAGUAAGUCUUCUGACAGGGAAGUCAUCCAACAGUGAACUUUGCAACUGUCCAAAAUUUUGUUCUAACGCUCUGCAGGUCUGGAUCUAAUUCUUAUAGCGGCUAAUUAACAGAAUUUAGUUCUUGAAAUAUAAAUUUUCGAAGUUUUUCUUUAACACAAAGUUCGGCUUGAAAUCAUUGUUUUCAUUUUUUUUUUAAUCCAUAUAUAUUUAAUAAGAAUAUCCGUUACGAGGGAUCAUCUAGACCUUCAGAGAUUUUUGAAGCUAAUUUUCAGAAAAUUUGUAAUUUCAUACUGGAAUGGCUUUCCUUGUGAGGAAAAAAGUUAUUAUGGGAGCAAAGGUUAUGUGAAAAUUUUAUAUGAGGACUUCGGAAAAUGGACUUUCAUUUUCUAGAACACUACUGAGAAUAUGAUUUGAUCACUAAUAUCCAAUUUCAAUUCAUAUUUUUGAAACUAUGAUCUUCAGAUGUAUGUUUUUGAGUGAAAUAGCAACUGAUAAUUUUGAAUCGCUGAGAGAGUUUUCUUGUUCAAAUUCUAUUUUAUUUUUGAGACUUGGUUCUGGUUUCAGUCUGAGUAGAUAUUUUUAGCUUGAAAUCGGCAACUCUUCGGAGCGACCUUACUCUAUCAUCCAUCCCUUCGAAAGGCUUUCAUCUGUGGUAAACUAAUCUUCGCACUUUUUUUCAAUCCAAUUUCAAUUGCUCAGAAUAAUGGCGUGAUGAUCAUAGGACCUGUUCCUACUUUGGUUCUGUACAGCUCUUGGGGCGGGAUCCAGACCCACGAAUUUACUCUUGAUGGAACUAUCAAGUUGGCUUCUAUGGGAGAGACUGUUGACCUUUUUCUUCUAUUUUGCCAGGGCUUUCACUCCUUUCAACAACGAGAACGUCUUGCAUGGUUUCGUCUAUUUAACAGAAGCUGACUCUGAACUUCGGAUCGCUCGAUUAUCGGUGAGAUUUCGAUUCAAAAGCAGAUUUAUGAAUCUCUUUAAAAAGAAUUUUUUUUAAUUAUGCAUUACUUCUAUAUCCCAUGUCGUCCUCAUCUUUAUUAUUCGCUUAUUAGAUUAUUAGAUUUUUUUCAAGGAGAGAUAUAGAUUGGUAAACUGACUUGUUUUUUUUCUCUUCUUGAAUUUCGCUCACAGACAGAUCUGUGGCGUGAGGAAGAAAACCAUGAAAGUUAUAUUUGCAAUAUUUCUUCAUAAAACAAAAUAAUAUAGAGGCAUUCAAUGAAAAUAAAUUCAUCGGAUAAAAAAGUAUAUACAUGUAAUAAUUUCAGCCGGAUUUUGACUACGACAUGCCUUAUCCAAGCAGGAAAGUUCCGGUUGGAGCGACAGUUCAUCACGUCCGAUAUCUGAUGAACAGCGAAGUUUUAUUUCUUCAGCCCGCAACUUUUUCAGAUGUAAAGUUUGCAGGUUUACGCCGUCGUGACGUCAGUCGCCAAGCCGAGCAACAAAAUCUGGGUGGUGAUGAACGACGACAAGCAGGAAGAAACACACGAAAAAGACGACAAGUUCGUCUUGCCCUCCAUCGCCGACUACAAACUCAAUGUACUGGAAAUCCUUCCUGAUGGCUCAGAAUCUUUUUUUUCAGCUGUACUCGCCGCAGGACUGGGCCGCCGUCCCCAACACGGAGAUCGUCUUCGAAAAAAUGGAAGUCGUCACCGCGUGUGAAGACGUCGCGUUGAAGUUUGACUUCCUUCUCCUUUUUUUUUUGAUGGCAUUCUGAUGCGCAAUAUUUUAGACCUGGAGUUUUUUUUUUAAUUGAGAAAGAUAGUAUCUUCCCAAAAUUGUUACAACUUCUCCCAUUGGGAGUGAUUUAUAUUCAUGAUUUCGUUAGGAAGUUUUUUUUUUCAUUUUUUUUACGUAGCUUGUUAGGCUUUUUUUAAUAUUCGAUAUGAAUUAGGGUUUACAACUGAAAAAGUUGAACUGAACUUUUUCGAGUAUGUUUUCUGAGUUAAAUGUAAUUAGUUUUUCCAUGAACGCAAUACAUUUUUCAAACUUUCUCAUCCGGAAAGGUUUUUUUUUAGCUUUUUUCAUAUCUGAGUUUUAGGUCUGAGUCUACAAUGAGUGGAAUGGAGACUUUCCUGGCCCUCGGUACCGUCAACAACUACGGUGAGGAAGUGCUGGUCCGUGGAAGAAUCAUCCUUUGCGAAAUCAUCGACGUCGUUCCUGAGCCCGGCCAGCCGACUUCCAACCGCAAGAUCAAGGUUCCUCUCCUAGGAGUCUUACUGUAUGUUUCCGUGUCAAGACUCUCUACGACAAGGAACAAAAAGGGCCUGUCACAUCGUUGUGUGCCGUGAAUGGACUCUUGCUCAGCGGAAUGGGACAAAAAGUUUGCGUCGUUUAAAACAGGAACAAAAAAAAUUGUUUUCAAGGUGUUUAUUUGGAUGUAUAAAGACGGAGAUUUGCACGGACUUUCCUUCCUCGACAUGCACUACUACGUCCAUCAGAUGAUAUCGGUCAGGUCGAUUGUUCUGGCGUGCGACGUCGAGGACAGCAUGUCCCUCGUCCGUUUCCAGGUUCUUUCCGUAGUUCUUCACUCGAUGCUAGUCAUUUGUUCAGGAAGAGUUCAAAGCUUUGUCAGUCGCCUCGAGAGACGACAGGAAAUGUGCACAGCCGCCCAUGACCGCCCAAUACGUAGUCGAUGGAAGGUCAGACCUCAGAAUUCGAUAAAACUAGACUAUUCUCAUUUUCAAAAAAGAGAGAAAGGAGAUGCAAAUAGAAGAAAAAGGACUGCUGACUCAUACAAUGAAGGCCAUUUCACUAGGCUUAUUGAAAUUUCUGUAAACUGUGCGAAAAAUCCCUCAAUCUACUGGAUAAAAGUACUAAAAGUUUUGUGAAACUUUUCAGUAUGGGAGAUAUAUUUUCUCGAAACUUCUGGUGUUUCAGAGCUUCAAGUUGCGCUGAACUAGGUGUUAAUCAAAGAGAUUUGAGAUUAAUUUUCGGAAACUUCAAAACUUUCACAGAGUGUGUAAUCCGGGGAGUGAGUGAUCGAAAAUUUGUUAUUUCGAAAAAUUAUGUGAGAAAAAUUAUGUAAUGAGAUAAAAAGUUUCGCGAUUGAUUGUGCGCCGAUUCGGUCAUCACCCUCGGCGCAGCGCACAGCUCUGGUAAAAGCUGAAAAAUGUUUUUAAAAAAGGAACAAAAUUUCGUCUUUCUAGUCGCCUCGGGUUCGUGAUGUCGGAUGAAGCGGCCAACGUGUUCAUGUUCAACUACGCCCCAGAACAGACCGAGUCUAAUGGCGGCGAUCGCCUUGUCGUCCGUGCCGCCAUCAACAUCGGCACCAACAUCAACGCCUUCCUCCGGUGCAAAGGUCGAUACAGUAGGACAAGGCUACUGUAGCUGCAGACUUGCAGGCCGAACAUCACUUUCACCUGCCACAACAGUGGAAGAGCAGCAGGCUCUUAUGCAGCAACAAACCACCAUUUUCUCCUCUCUUGACGGCUCUUUCGGCUAUAUUCGGCCAAUCAGCGAGAAAUCUUUCCGGUCAGCUCUCGUUCACAGCGAGAAACCAAACGGGCCUCGAUUCAGGCGUCUUCACUUUCUGCAGACGUUCGUUCCUACGGUAACGGAACAAGGAGCUGGACUUCAUCCAAAGGUGACUGACCAACAAGGGCAAAGAGUCAAAGAGACUUCAGGGAGCUCGCGUGGCCAAGCCUCAACAGCCGAUCGUCAACGGCGCCAGUCACAGAAACAUCGUCGAUGGUGACGUCAUCGAACAGUAUCUCCACCUCUCCAAUUCCGACAAGCAAGACUUGGCUCGUCGACUCGGCGCUAGCAGGUCUUAUCUUGAUCAUUUUUUUGCCUGAAAAAGAGAUCUAUAUUCAUAUUUUUUUAAAAAAAAUUUGAAUUAAUCUUCAAAAAAAGUUCAACACACGCCGAAAAAUAGCGCUGCGAUUGAUUAAAGUUCAAUUAGGAUCCGAGCUUCUCAACGUAAUAAUUUCAAAAAGCUAGAAUUCUACAUAAUAAAUAACAACCUUACGCAAAAUCCAAUUUUUUUAAGGUAUCACAUCAUUGACGACAUUGUGCAGAUGCGUCGGAUGGCCUCUUACUUCUGA